GGUCCCGCGGCUUUAUCUGGAGCCAGGGGAAUUGGGAAAAUUAAAACCGACGGAGGUCGCUGGGCCGGUUUACGGAGCCAAACACUCGUGCUCGCUCGUUCAAGGUCCGCCGGUGGCACAGAAGCGGCCAAUAAUUAGACACGAUUCUUGAACACACGGCGGCCUUCCUUCGACGAGGCGCACUCAUCCGUGCGCACUAAUUAGAAAUACGAUAAUCAAUUCGAGCGCACGAGAACGCGCAGUUCGUUCUUCCGUUUCUUGUUUUCCCCCGCGGGUUUUUCUUGUUUCGAUUCGUUCGGGGAGACAGAGAGAGACACUUCGCCCGCCCGUUCCGGGAUAUCGAAUUUCCAACACGUGUGUGCCAGUGCGUGCGUUCGCGUGUGUUUGUGUGGCUGGAAAGUCCUGAGGAUCACCGGGCCAAAAGUGAACAUCUGCCGCCGGCAACGGAAGGGAUCGAAAGAAGCUACAGUUUCUGAGGCUACCUAUCUCGGGCUUCAAAUCCCUGUCUCCUGGCGAGCGAGAGAGGAUCAUCGCCCCAGCCUCAGCUGCUGGUGAUCGGGAGAUCAGAUUGUGCGUAACAGCCGGUAGCCAAGCUGUUGUUCGGCCGGCAGUCCAGAGGCACGUGGUCCGCAUCCUGCGCGGCGAGACGCGACAACCCGAAAACUGCGAACAGGAAGCCAUCGACGCCAGCAAAACAACGAAAAAAGAACCAUACUCCGAGCAGGACCGGCGGCGGCGGCGCUUAUAAACAGGAAACAUCUGCAAACGAUCGGCUUGGGAUUUGUUUUGACGCGUUCGGCAGCGAGCGAAAAGAGAGACUCCACAGGCGACUCGCAGCGAUGCAGGUUGAAGCGGUGACUACGAAGUGGCGCGUCCCACCGUUGGACCUGUCGGCGGUCAGUGUCCUUACGAACGAGGCCGAGCGUCGCUGGGCUCACGGUGGAGGGACAACACGGGGCGGUGACACGGUGGUGUCGUCCGCGAAGAAGAUCUCGUACGGGGCCGACGGAUUGCCGGUCGAUCCGCGUGACUGGACGCGGGCCAACGUGUGGACGUGGCUUAUCAAUCUGGCCCAAUCGGAGGGCCUGGACAUCAGCCCCGAGCUGGCCCAGAAGUUCCCGAUGAACGGCAAGGCGCUCUGCCUGAUGAGCCUGGAUAUGUACCUGAGCCGGGUGCCGGUCGGAGGCAAGAUGCUGUACCGUGACUUCCGCGUCCGGCUGGCCAGGGCAAUGAGCUUAUGAGCGAAGACCCGU